UUGGCAGUACUAGGAGAGCAGGAUAGCCAUGUGUUUAAUUACAGCCCCCAAUUCUAAAGCUGAUCGUAUUGCAUAUUUGUGAGAGACAUAAACCACUAGAAAGGAGGUCAACAGUGUAUAUCUUCUUUGUGGGUCUUCACGGUUUGGGGUUUGUGAAGAGGAUAGAGUGUGGUUUAGCUUGGUUGGCGGUGCAGCUAUGGAGGAUGCAGGCAAGAAAGUUGUCAAAAGAUCAGCCAUGGGGAGAUCAAGAAAAGGGUGCAUGAAGGGCAAGGGAGGGCCUGAGAAUGCUCUAUGCUCAUACAGAGGUGUGAGGCAAAGGACAUGGGGGAAAUGGGUGGCUGAGAUCCGAGAGCCCAACCGCGGAGCCAGGCUCUGGCUAGGCACCUUCAACACUUCUUAUGAGGCUGCCAUGGCCUACGACAUGGCCGCGCAAAAGCUCUAUGGUCCCUCAGCCAAGCUCAACUUGCCACAUGACUCGUCACCACUUUCCACCACCCCCACUGCCACAACCUCUGCAGUGCCUUCUAACUUUGAUGGUGUUGGAGGGCGGACUGAAACGAGUAAUUCGGUGAAGACUACUACCUCCAAUUGGGUGUGUGGAGUACAAGAGGUGAAGUAUGAUCAUGAGGAAAAUUUUUGGGAGAGCUCAAGCAUGUUUGAUGAGAUCCAAACUGAAAAUUGGGUUGAGUUUCCAAUAGAGGGUGACCCUUUUGGGAUCGACAAUCUUGGAACUGGGGUGGACGGAGAAGAAGUCAUGGAUUGGGAUGGAGUACAAGUUACAUGGAGUUUGUAAGCUUGCUUUAGGUGGCAUAUGCAUAUGCGCUUGGUUUUUUUUUUUCCCAAGGCAUACGGGCUAUGAUGUGCUUGUAGAGUAGGUUAUGUCUUUGAGUCAUUUUGCUUGGGUAGAUUUUGUCAUGUGGGCUCAUGUCCCCCCCACUUUUUUUUUUUUUUUUUUGAUCUACACAUGGGGGGUAUUUUUACAUUUUUUAGGGGUUUUAUGCAAAAGUAUAACUUCUUUUCUUCAGGUGGGAGAGGGUGUUUUCAUUAAUGAGUGGACAUGCCCAAAAUUUUUGUUUUUGGGCAAAUCAAAAGAGAUAUGUAUAAUAAUAAUAAUAAUAUAUGAAUAUGGGGGUUUCUUAUUGAC